UACAGCGCACGCGGACAUAAGCCUGCGCGGAUAGCCAUAUCCACAAACGUAGAUAUUAAAAGUUCUAAUCUUGACCUCAUGCCGAAAUAAACAAAGAACAAAAAUGGAUCAACUCUGCCCCCGAGUAUUUACGGAUUUUUAGUAAUUACAGACAUGUUCUGAUGAACGUUGUUGCGAAAUAAUUCACCACUUCAACGUCUCUGGAAAGUCCAGUUCGGUUUUUACUUGGAGCUCCAAAAAUCUAUGAAAUGGGUUUGCAUGUUCGUCUCUGCGAACGGGGAUGUAGAGGUGGGAUUGCGAGUAUCGAAAGGUUGAAGAGCCCAUACGCUCAGCUUCCGUGAAAGUACGUUUUAUAGUAAUUCAUUGAGACUACCAAUGAUUGGUCAUAGUUGAUGGCCAUAAUAUUUCUCCUACACAAGAGUAAGGUUUUUCUUUCUUCUUUUGACAUCAGUCUCUACGGCAAGCUCUGAGACGGACCGCUUGGACAGUGGGAGCCCUCCCCUCUGGUCGGAUCUGCCUUGGUAGGUGCGAAUAAAAAAGGGCCCGUGUUUGCAAAUAUGCAGAUACAUUGAAGGGGGAAUCAUACUUUGUUGAAGUCUGCUCAAAGUUGGGAUGUCAUCUUACUAACGAUCAAGUUAGUUGGGAAAACGGGAGAAUGGUUCUUAUCUAUUUUCCCUGUCGUGCUGCUGCAGACCAUACACUGGCACCGCAGAGACCGUGGUUUCAGAUCACUGAGUCUAGACAAAAGUCUUUGGCUUACCAGUGGAAGGAUGUGGACGAGGGUUAAAAUUUAGACAGGUCAAGGUCAACGGCUACAGGAGGCCUGCCUGCCUGCAUGCUUACCUGCCUGCCAUUGGCCGGCUGAUCAGUCUGUCAAGGGGAGGCUCCACCCUCACCCCUAGAGCUUUCAGCAGGCAAACGAGUAGCACUGGGCCCCUUCCCCCCUGCCGCCCCCUCACCCCCCUUACCCAUCCUGUCCCCAUACCCCCACCCGUCCACCCAACCCGACCCGACCCACGCACUCGCGCCGGGGCUGGAUCAUGUCGAGCGGCGGGCCGGAGGGCAACCGGACAGCCGAGGCCCAGGACCCAAGCAGCCGCCGCACGCCGGACUCGCCCGUCGCAGAGCGCCGCAACCGCAGCGGCAUCAUCAGCGAGCCGCUCAGCAAGAGCCUGAAGCACUCGCGCGCCCUCUCCCAGUACACGCCCGCGGCCAACACCAACAGUAACAACACCCUCAACGGACUCCACAGCGGCAGCAACGGCAAGGUCAAGCACCAGGCCACCAAGCCCCAGGAGCCCCCCCAGCAGCCUCCGCAGACGCAGACCCUGGCGUCCAUGCCCGCGCUGGGCAAACUGGACCGGACCCUAGAGCAGAUGCUGGAGAGCCAGAAUGGCCUGCUCCACUUCGCCCAGGCGGCGGCGCUGCUCAAGCGGGCAGGCAUGGAGCACAUGCUGCUGCCGGGCGGCGUCGGGGUCGGCGGCAUCGGGGGCGUCGAGUCAGGCACCGGCACCGCGGGCGACCUGGACGGGGCGGCGGCGGCGGCGGCGGCGGCGGUGGAUGCGGUGAGCGGCCUCGCCGACUUCGCCUACGGCGUGGGCGGUGGCUUCCCGUUCAACCCGGGUCUGUUCAUCAUGACGCCGGCCGGGGUGUUCCUGGCGGACAGCGCGCUGCACAUGGCCGGCCUGGCCGAGUACCCGGCGCAGAGCGAGCUGGCCUCCGCCAUCAGCUCCGGCAAGAAGAAGCGGAAACGCUGCGGCAUGUGCCCGCCCUGCCGGCGCAGGAUUAACUGUGAGCAGUGCAGCAGCUGCCGCAACCGCAAGACCGGACACCAGAUCUGCAAGUUCCGCAAGUGCGAGGAGCUCAAAAAGAAGCCGUCUGCAGCUCUGGAGAAGGUCAUGCUGCCGACAGGAGCGGCAUUCCGAUGGUUCCAGUGAGACUGUGACCCCCCCACCCCCCCCACCCCCCCUCAACUCCCCCUCAACCUGCACCCAAAGCUCUGCAAUCAAGUGCAAUGCCAAUUCUCGCUUGGAUUGUCUCGGGCACGGACACUGGCUGAAAACCAUACUGAUGACAAAAGAAACAGCAAAACGAAAAACAGCAGUGAAAAUCUUUAAAAAAGAAUAUUCAAAAACAAAGCGAAAGAGUACAAAAAUAAUCAAUCGCGUUAUGGAUGCACCUACUUAUUUCUUGAACCAAAAAUUUAAGCAUAAAGAAAAAAAAAACCUAUGGCAACUCUCAUUCCCUUUUCUAUGUUUCCAUUUUGGUACCUUUUAGUCCUUUUUCCAGCAGGUUUUUUCUGUCACUUAAACAUGGAACUGUUCAUUGCCAAACAGAAAUGACGGACUGAGUGUGGACAAUCAACUAAUUUCUGUGUUUGGUGUUAAUGUCGUUCAUGUGUGGAAAGAUACAGUACUUGUGUAGAGAAUGUAAAUUUACGGCUAUAUUUUAAAACUAGUGGCUAAUGGCAAGCACUAUUGUAAUUUAGCACCAUUGUUCUUACUCAAACUUCUGUAUUUUAUGAUUGUUUUCUUUUGUUGUUGUUUCUUUGCUUUUUUGUUCUGUUUUGAGACUAUAGUUUCAGAAAGAGAUCAAUGUUUUGUUUGUAUCAAAAGAAAAGAAAAAUGUUCUGAGAUGUAAAAAUCCAUGUUUUUUCAACUAGAACAAAGAAAGAAAGAAAUCUACAGUAUAACUAGACUGUUAUGUUGUAACAGUCGCUUUGGCCCUAAACAUGCUCAGUGCCACAGAAUUGGCUCAAGCCUUUACAAAUAUGACUGGAAGUCCUGAAGUUGGCCAGAGAACCAUUUACUUGCUGUUUGUCUGAUUGUUUUUUUGUUUUUUAAAAAAUAUUAUUAUUUAGUGAAACUGGCAGCCUUAUUUUUACCAUGUUCCCAACGAGUAUCUUUGUCAAAAUAGAGCUCUUUGGCAGCACUGGGAGACAGCACUUGCUCUGUUCAUAUGAACGCACUGAAAACAUUUUUUUUUCAUGACGUUGCCAGUAGCUACAUCUUUUAAAAAGAACAGCGAUGUUUGUAUUCAAUUAGAAAUAUGGGCUGGUUUUGUGAAUAAAAACAAAUGCAUGUAUUUGUGUCAAAAUGUGCAGCUCUGAUGUCUGAUUGCAUGUUAUUUAUUUUAUACCAAAUGAGUAAGAAUGUAAUUACAAAGGAGCAACAAACUUGAGAAAUGUCCCAAUAUCCCUAGUAUCCUAGUAAAAUAAAACAGCACUGGACAAG